AGGGUAAUUUGCUCCUGAGAAUGCAAUAUCUGCUGAUAAUACUGAGGAGCUUAUAUAUGAUGCCAUGAUAGGCGUCGUAUUCCAAUAGGUAGACGUAAGUCACCUGAGAGGCAGCUGAUGCAAGCUUGACUGACGUGACCUGCCAGAACUGACGCUAACGCUAGAUUUCCCUGACUGUUUUUUCUGCAUUAUGAUUGGUUAGAUUGCCUGUCAAUCAAACUCCUGGCAAAUACAUUGUCGAUUGUGUUCGUCAUGGUGCGGCGCCCGCUAGUGGUUUGGUGCUCUGGGCAAUUGUCCAGUUUGCCCUGCUUCCGCUGGCCCUGCCUGUAACAACACUAUUCAGCCAGAGCGAGUUAGUGAGAGGAGGCGGGUGUGUGUGAAACUCUCAAUUCACCGUCGGAGAGAAGAGAGAACAAGAACGCGCAGCUAGUAUUGGUGUAUCAGUACUGCAGAAAAUGAGUACUGGAAUUGUUUCAGAUAUUUCAGUAUCGAUACAUAUCGAAAUAUCUAUAUUUUUGACAACACUAGCACGCACACAUAUAGGCUAUUAUAUAUUACACAAACAAAUUAGCUGUCUCUAACACAAAACCUUGUAUUGGCCCCAAAGUGCGCCAGUCCACCGGGUAUAUGCCCGGUAUUCCAGAUUACCAAUCCAGCCCUGCAUUCAGUUCCUCUUAAACUGCACAUAACGCAAACAUCCAUGAAAAUGAUCAACAAUAUCAUAAUUACCACAUUAAAAAAAACUUGCAAUUGAAAAUGUGUGCUUUUAUAUCUUGGUUUACAUGACUCAUAUGUCUAAUAAAUGAAAAAUGCAAUAAACUACUGAAAUAGACUGGAUUGUACCUGUGGUUUAAAGUCACAAAAGCCAUAUUUAGACACAUCAUCUUUUUUAUUACCAGAGAACUUUGGUUUAUGCAGUUUAUCUGUUGUGCUAAUUUGCCAUCUUUCAGAAUGAGCCAAACAAAUAACAGCAUUCUGCAACUUUCAUGCCCAGAAAUGGAUUUGAAAAGGCCCUGACUUUGCAAAGUAAAUGCAACUUUCUCUGCCAUGCUUAAAAAAAGAUAUAAUUCUCUAAGUGUCUCCAAAGCAAACACCAAUUCCUUCUGUUCUGUGCUCAGAAUCAAAAGCCACGGCCGCAGGCUUGUAUCUGCUUCUGCUAUCCUGAUGAAUAUUUACAUGCUUAAACACUCAAAUUAGAAUUCAUUAUCUUGUGUAAUCUUGGGUUUAGAUCUACAUGUGCAGUUGUUUGAUUAGUUGCUUCAGGAUAUGGGUUUUGUGCUUGGUUUGUGGGCCUUCUACCUUUUCUCACACUUGCCUUUUGAUGCUAAUGUCUGGGAAACGAUAGGCCUGUUGUGUUCAAAUUAGCAUCUCUAUUAGAAUUGAAAAGCUAUUUUUGGGGUUGAAGUUGUGUGAUCCAAACCUCUCACUCCUACUUAGCAGCAGUUUACUGAAGGUACGCACAUCAUCUUGUGGCAACAUGCUUUCAUACCGGACAUAUUACGAUGAAUAAUUUAAGAACAACACAGGAUUCAGUUGAACGAGCUUCUGCACAUUAACCGGUUUAAUGCAGAAGCUUUGCCGUAGCUAUGGGAUCAUUACAUUAUUAAAGAGAAAAUACAGCACCGGCGACCGCCUUUGUCAUUCUUGACAUUUCCUGAAACCGUCUUUGCAAUUUGACAGCAUUAAAGAUGCAUGAAUCGAAUCCACUCUAAGAAUUUUCUUUUUCCUCGAGGACUGAAAUCCUGUGCGGCUUCAAGUUUGUGAGCUUUAAAAGCUGCUUGAGGUUUAUCUCGUGCAACAGAGGAAGUGGUGCGGGAAGAAGAAUGCGUCGGCCCUAACGUUUUGUGUGUACAACAGGAUAUCCGACGCUGGGAGCGUUAGCCUCGUGUCGAGAGGUCUGUGAUCAUCUGGUGAUUCAUUUUUGCUCCUGAAAUAGAAUCAGAUUUCUUGACUCCAGAAACAUGUGGGGUGGCCAUAAUGAUGGUGACCAGCAAGGUCAUGUGAGUGCACGAAUGGAGACCAGCUUACCCAUGGGUACCACCAGCAUUUCUGUUUCCCAGCAACAGGCUCCUAAGAAGUUUGCUCCCGUUGUGGCUCCUAAGCCCAAGUUCAACCCCUAUAAACAACCUGGGGAGGGAACACAUGAGGGAUCUGGGGACUAUCCUCCACCUCCUCCACCUGCCAUUGACACCAGCGGGCUCCCACCCCCUUCCAGCUUUCCACCUCCUCCGGCCAUGGAUGAGACCUCCCUUGGCUUUCAGAUAAAAGGACCUGGGAAAACUAUAGAAGAGAGACGUUCCAGUCUGGAUGCUGAGAUCGACUCCCUGACCAGCAUCCUUGCCGACCUAGAGAGCAGUUCACCGUACAAACCACGCACGCCGCAGAAUUCUGCCAGCCCAGCUGCGACAGGCUCUAACGCCCCUGUUACUGGCUAUCGUCGCAUGGUCAUCCCACCCCAGCCCCCUCUAACAGCCACUAAAAAAUCCACUCCGAAACCACAGGCCUCUCCAACUGUCCCUACUCCGGCUUCGUCUUCUCCACGCCCCCAAUACCAGCCCGCGCCCCAGCCUGUCCCGGCGUCCUACACCACCGCCUCUACUCCGAGCCAGCCAACCUUCAAUGUUCAGGUCAGGGCCGCCCAGCCGGGCCCCCAGCAGCAGCCUGUCCGUGGUCCAGCCCAGGUACAGUACAUGCCGGCUCAACCCAGAGGCCCUGACUUUGCAUACGGGCCUCCACAGCCAGGAUUCUGCCCUGCUCCGUCUGGAGGCUACCAUGACCAGCACUAUGGUGGAGCUCCUGUUUAUGGAGGUCAGAACACAUGGAGAGCUGAACCGAGUCACCAUGCCCCUCCUCCAUCCAACCAAGGGUACCAGCCCGCUCCCCCGAAAAAAACCUACAUCACUGAUCCACCUGCCAGCCUGGCACCCUUCGGCGGUGGGCCUUCUGUUCCUCAUAAGGGUCGUCCUGAGGAGGAACUGGACCGCCUGACUAAGAAGAUGCUGUAUGACAUGGACAACCCCCCCUCUGAGGAGUAUUUUGGUCGGUGUGCAAGCUGCGGGGAGAAUGUGGUUGGUGAGGGGACGGGUUGUACCGCCAUGGACCAGGUCUUCCAUGUGGAAUGCUUCAUCUGCAUGACCUGUGGCUCCAAGCUCAGAGGGAAGCCCUUUUAUGCCGUGGAAAAGAAGGCUUACUGCGAACCCUGCUAUAUCAACACCCUGGAGACCUGCAACAUAUGUAGUAAGCCCAUAAUGGAGCGUAUCCUGCGGGCGACUGGGAAGGCCUAUCAUCCCCAGUGCUUCACCUGUGUGGUCUGCCAUCGGAGUCUGGAUGGCAUUCCUUUUACCGUGGACGCUUCCAACCAUAUCCAUUGCAUCGAAGACUUCCACAAGAAAUUUGCCCCUCGUUGCUCUGUGUGUAAAGAGCCCAUAAUGCCAUCACCUGGCCAGGAGGAGACCGUGCGUAUUGUGGCCUUAGAUCGUGACUUCCACGUGCAGUGUUAUCGUUGUGAGGACUGCGGCUGCCUUCUCUCUGAGGGGGACAACCAGGGUUGCUACCCUCUGGAUGGCCAUGUUCUCUGCAAAAACUGCAACACCAGUCGCAUCCAGGCCCUCACUGCCAAGGCUACAACUGACCUCUGAGUCACACACAUACGUACAUGCAGGUCCUUAAUACCCCUGCAUUCAUCAAAUCCUGAGAAACACCAUAUCCUGUCACAUCACUGCACACAAAUAUUUAUGCCCUGACAAAUGCACAUGUACACAUAAAGCUGUCAUUCCACUUAAGGGGCCAUGACUUGUCUUGUCGCUCAUGCACCACACACUGUGCCUUUUAUUAAAAUUGCACUCAUUUAUUCUGUCCAAACGUUUUUAUUAGCAGAUAUGUAUUCAUAAAGUUCCGCUACAGCUGCUUAUAUGCACCUAAACAAGGUAGGCCUUAACAUAUAGACAAGACUGUUAGAUUCUAACUCGGAUGUUCACAGAGCUGCAAAAAAGAAGUCCUGUUUAUUUGGGAAGUGGGUCGUUGAGAAAACCCUCAUAGAACAUCAUAGAAUCUACCUCUAAAAAGGGACCAUGCUCUCUGAUCGCUAGGAAUUUCAGUAUGUAUCCGACCUUCGGCUUUUAUUUUAUUUUUGAUCUCUACAUCAUAUUUCUACACUUUUAAAUAGAGCUACAGUACUAGUUAUACAUAAAGUCACACAAGUACACUUUCACUGCAAUGGCUUUAUCAGAUAACGCAGAUACAAAAAUACUUGGAAGUUUUAAUUACGCAUCGUUCAAACAUGGCUAUGUAGCUUUUAAACCUCCUUACGAAAUUGGAGAUUUCAUGUUUGCUAAGGUACACAAGAUAUGCUGGUAUAUAUAGUACAACCUGGACCUUGACCUUGACUCAUGCAUCACACCUGCUACACCAGCAUGUACAUCAGCAUACAGGUGUGUGUUUGUGAAUGCAUAGCCUUUCCAUUUACAUUUCUGAAUUCACCCUUUGAUAUGAAAGUUACCAAAGAGCUACAUUUACUUUCUCUGGGACAGCGUGUAUGUAUAUUAUUGUAUGCUUAUGAAAUCUAAUGGGAAGAGUAUUUUAUCCUUUAAGGACUGUGAAUGACCUUCAGUAGCUCAGAAGCCUUAAUACAUUGUGGUUCAUUCAGUGCGGUUUCCUGUUUCUUCCUCAGUGUACCGCUUCAAUUCAAGUGAAUUUAGUAAGAAAUAUUUACGCUUGGAUUUUUUUUUUUCUUUUUUUUUUUUUGUGGUUUGGUGUUUUUUUGUUGUGCUCAGUUAUCGCAUUUAUUUGUAUAUCAUGAGUAAAAAAAAUGGUGAAAAGGUAUAGGGAUAAAAAUGUAUGUAUUUUCAGAUAUGCACAGUGAAUUGUGCAAUAAUGUCACAGCAGAAUGAGAACUAUUUGGUAUUAAUUUAAAAUUAUCAGAGGAAAAACUGUCAGAUUAGGUUUAAAGUGUGACAAUCAGGGCUGAAAGGAUGUUAUAUUUUAUCUAAUUUGAUCUAAGACUUUAAGGGCUGAUGAGAGACAGCCUGAUGAUUUUAAAUUGUGAAUUUAUUGUAGUAUUAGUUACGUAAGAUAGAGAUAGACACAAAAGUAUUAUUAAAAAUAGGACAACCAGCUAGGAAUAAGGAAUAUUUUCUUUCGUAAUUUUGUGGAUGAUAUAAUUAUGCAAAUUUCUUCUUUGUUUUUGCAUUGCCACUUUACCAAGAAGAAUAUGCAGACCUUUUUUUUUAAUUAGACGAAAAAGUGUUCGAGCUGUUCUUAAAGCUACAGUGCACACAGUUUUGAGAAAAUCUGAAAUUUUGUAUGUAUAUCUACAGAGUGCCAUUAUAAAUUUUGAGGUUUAGAGAGUUAACACCUCAGGAAAUUUCCUGUCAUAUCAGUGUGCUGCAGUGAUGCCCCAGGCAACUUCCCCUCUGGUUGAAGGGUAAAUUCAGAUGUGAAAGUCAUGAUAUAUAUGCAAACCAGAUAUAAAUACCCGGUCACAUGCCCCUCUUGAUUUAUUAUGGCAGUUUGUGGAGUUUUCAAGUGUGUCAAAUAAAAUGCGCUGUAGCUUUAAGCAAUAAAAGCUUCAUUAGUGCUUCAGUGCUUCAGCCUAUACCUCCUUUUCUUAGUACCUUCUCUAUAUGUGCCUUUUCCAGAUUGUGUGAAACUGAGGUGGUGUUGUUUGAGCACAAACACAGCUGUGGCUUGUGGCUGAUGUUGUGUGUUGAGGGAUAUGAUGUUUGAAUGCUCUGUUUUGUUUUUGUUGUGUUUUUUUUCCUGUUCACACUACCUAGAGGCUAUGCAUGUUUGCUACUUGAACUGAUCUUUAUUUCCAGUUUUUAUAUAGAAAGACCAAAUAUUUUAAGACUUAAUUAUACAUUAAGUGUAUUAUGUCUUUAAAAACAUUAAGAGUGUUAUUGGAAAGAGAAUUAUUACUAUAUUACUUGGCACUAUUAGGUUGUCCUUCCUUUCUUUUGCUUUACUACUUAUUCCCAAAACCCAUCUCAAGUUCUUUUUAUUCAGAUUUAUUUGAUUUGAAUUGUAUUGUAUUACUCAUUUGAGUUGUUCAAGUUGAUUUGUUCUGUUCAAGUAUUUGAUCAGGAUGCAAUUCAAAACACAUUGUACUUAGUUUCCCAUUUGUGACCAUUACAGUAGCAAUAACUUGAUGAUUAUAUGAAACUGUUGUUGCAGAAAAUGCUGAAUACCAGCAUUAAAGUGCCUUGAAAUACAUGGUAUAGGACUGGUGGUAAGAAUAUUUGAGCUGCCAGAGGGUACUUUGAUGUUUUUUUUCUUUUCUUUUCUUUUUUUUUCUUUCAUGAAGAAAUGAUAACGUGAAAUAACCUAAUCUGUGCUCUAGUGACAAUCUAAGUAUGUACUUGGAUUCUGUUCAUACACUCUGUUUUUCACAUAGAACUUCCUCUAUAAUUAAUAAACCUUUUGAAAAACUCCA